CUGCAGCCGGGCGCAGGGACCCCGCGCGGGCGGAGGCAGCGAUGCGCCGGGCAUUGUUCGCCCCGUAGGCAGCGGGGCAUGGGCUCCUCGCAGCCUUUGUCUCCCGAGUGAUCCCGCCGCCUCCCGCCCGGACAUGGACGUGACGGUGUCCGAGCUGCUGGAGCUCUUCCUGCGGAGCCCGCUGGUGACCUGGGUGAAAACCUUCGGGGCGCUGAGCAGCGGCGACGGGGACAGCCUCGGCGUCUACAUGGAGCUGGCAGACGGCGUGGUGCUCAACAAGAUCAUGCUGCAAAUAGAUCCUCGACCAACCAACCAACGUGUCAACAAGCAUGUAAAUAAUGACACCUAUCUUCGAGUUCAAAACCUGACCAUCUUAGUAAGAAACAUUAAGACUUACUAUCAGGAGGUCCUCCAGCAGCUGAUUGUGAUGAAUUUACCAAAUGUUUUGAUGAUUGGCAAAGAUCCUCUUUCUGGUAAAAGUAUGGAUGAAAUUAAGAAGCUCCUGUUGUUGGUUCUGGGAUGUGCUGUGCAGUGUGAAAGAAAAGAGGAGUUUAUUGAAAGAAUAAAACAACUGGAUAUUGAAACCCAAGCUGCCAUUGUGUCACACAUUCAGGAGGUGACUCACAACCAGGAGAAUGUCUUUGACUUGCAGUGGCUGGAGCUCCCAGAUAUGGCUCCAGAAGAACUAGAGUCUCUCUCCAGGAAUAUGGUUUUACACCUCAAGAGGCUCAUUGAUGAGAGAGAUGAAUGCACAGAAGUCAUUGUAGAUCUCACUCAAGAGAGAGAUUAUCUGCAGUCUCUGCAGCCACCAAGUCCCAUGAAAGUACCAAGUCCAGAUUCUUCACCAAACCCAGCCAACCCUCUUUCAAAUGAAGACAAGCAGCACCUUGCAGUUGAACUGGCAGACACAAAGGCUAAAUUGAGAAGAAUCCGGCAGGAGCUAGAAGAGAAGUCUGAGCAGCUUGUAGAUUCUAAGCAUGAAGUUGAGCAGCUUACUGUAGAGCUGCAAAAAAUAAAACAAGAGAAUAUUCACCUGGCUUCAGAUGCUCGCUCUGCCCGAGCAUACAGAGAUGAGCUUGACUCUCUGAGAGAGAAGGCAAACCGUGUGGAGAGACUUGAGAUGGAACUUGUUCGGUGCAAAGAGAAACUUCAUGAUGUGGAUUUCUACAAAGCUCGCAUGGAGGAGUUAAGAGAAGACAACAUCAUAUUAAUUGAAACAAAGGCCAUGCUAGAAGAACAGCUAACAAUGGCAAGAGCUCGUGGUGAUAAACUGCAUGAAUUAGAGAAGGAAAACUUGCAGUUGAAGUCCAAACUUCAUGAUGUAGAGCUGGACCGGGAUACAGACAAGAAGAGAAUUGAAGAGCUGCUGGAGGAGAACAUGGUCUUGGAGAUUGCACAGAAACAGAGCAUGAAUGAGUCUGCACACCUAGGCUGGGAGCUAGAACAACUGUCUAAAAACACAGAUCUUGCAGAUACCAGAAAGUCCUUUGUGUUUGAGUUGAAUGAAUGCGCUUCGAGUCGCAUACUGAAACUGGAGAAGGAUAAUCAGAGUUUGCAGAACACAAUCCAAGAGCUGAGAGAUGCCUCCUUGACCUCCAGAGAGAGCAGCCUAAAGUUUGUGGAACUGGAAAAGGAAAAUCAUCAGCUUAGCAAAAAGAUUGAGAAGUUGCAAAAUCAAAUUGAAAAAGAGAAGCAAAGUAACCAAGAUCUGGAGACCCUGAGCGAGGACCUGAUAAAAGAUAAGGAACAGCUACAAGUUGUCAUGGAGAAUCUAAAAGCUGACAAAGACAGACAGAUAAAAGACCUUAAACAAGAAAAUGAUCACCUUAAUCAAGUAGUCUUAUCCCUGAGACAAAGAUCUCAAGUGAGCAGUGAGGCAAGAGUAAAAGAUAUUGAAAAAGAAAACAAGAUACUUCAUGAAACGGUUACAGAGACUAGUAGCAAACUGAACAAGCUGGAAUUUGAGAAGAAACAACUACAGAAGGAUUUUGACCAGGUUAAAGAAAAAGUGGAAAGAGUUGAAGAAAUGGAAAAAGAGCUCCAUAGGCUCGAGAGAGAGAAUGAACAGCUCACAAAGAAGGCAGCAGCAAUGAAAAUAGUGACAGACAAAGUUAAAGUUCUCGAGCAAGAGAAUGGAAAUCUGGAAGUGGAAAACAGGAAGCUGAGAAAAUCCCUGGACACAUUGCAGAAUAUUUCCAUCCGGCUGGGGGACCUAGAAAGGGACAACAAGCAAUUGGAUGAAGAAAAUCUGGAGCUUAGGAGAGUGGUGGAGACCAUGAGAUUUACCAGCACAAAAAUGGCACAAAUUGAAGCAGAAAAUAAAGAUUUGGAGAGGGAGAAAGAGGACUUAAGGAAGAAUGUGGAAAUGUUAAAAGCAAUGAGCAAGAAAUCGGAGAGGCUGGAGUUAAGCUAUCAGAGUGUCAAUUCUGAAAACCAGAGACUUCAGCAAAUCUUGGAGAACAGCAACAGAAAGAUCCAGGAGCUAGAAAAAGAAGUACAGGGAAUGGAGAGUGAAAAUCAGGUCCUCCAGAGGAACCUCGAGGAGCUGAAGAUUUCUUCCAAACGGCUAGAGAGGCUAGAAAAGGAGAACAAAGCCCUAGAACAAGAAAUAUCUCAGCUUGACAAAGACAAAAAAAUGCUGGAGAAAGAAACAAAACGGCUUUGGCAACAAGUGGAGGUGAAAGAUGCUAUUUUGGACGAUAGUACAGUAAAGCUGGCAGCUGCUGAGAAAGAAAACAAGACACUGGAAAAGGAAAUUGCUCGAUUCAGAGAUUCAUCUAAUAAGCUGAAAGAAUUUGAAAAGGACAAUAAAGAUCUCAUAAAGCAAGCUACAAUUGAUAAAAGAACACUAGCUACAUUGAGAGAGGAUUUGGUCCUGGAGAAGCUGAAGAGUCAACAGUUGUGUAGUGAGCUGGACAAGCUGAGCCUGGAACUGGAGAAGAUAGGAUUGAACAAAGAGCUGCUUCUACAGGAUGACAAUGGCAAUGGCGACACAAAAUACAAGAUUCUGGAAAGCAAAACUGAAUCAGCACUGAAAAAAACACUAGCUGUGAAAGAGGAAAAGAUUGCAAUGUUGGAAGCUCAAGUGAAAGACUCUCUGAACUUGAACCAGCAGUUACAGAAUGAUCUAAAUAUGGUAAAGAAAGACUUUGAUGUACUCAAGCAGACUCAACAGGAUGGGCAUUAUGCUCAGAAGUCGCUGAGGUAUUCUGCAGAGAAACUCAUUCCCAACCACCAAAUGAAUGAGAAAUCAGGAGCAGGACACCAAGAAGCUACUAUGGAGCUGCUGAAACUGAAGGACAGGGCAAUUGAACUGGAAAGGAAUAAUGCUGCCUUGCAUACUGAGAAGCAGCUGCUUAAAGAACAGCUGAAGCAUUUGGAAACACAGAACAUCUCCUUCAGCAACCAGAUCUUGACACUACAGAAGCAAAAUGGCUUCCUUCAGGAGCACAACACUGCCCUGCAGACACAGACGGCUAAACUCCAGGUGGAAAAUUCUACUCUCAGCUCCCAGAGUGCUUCGCUGAUGGCCCAGAAUUCUUUGCUCCAAAAUCAGCAGACAGCCAAGGAGAACGAGAACGAAAAUCUACUGAAACAGAAGGAGCAGCUGAAAACUGAGUAUGAGUCGUUGCUUCGGGACCAUGAACACCUUGCUUCACUGCAUGAGAGGCAGUCUGCAGAAUACGAGAUGCUAAUAAACCAGCACAGCUGCCUGAAAACAUUACACAAAAACCUAGAUCUGGAGCACAAAAGUCUGGGUGAGAGAUACAAUGGUUUAAUGAAACACAAGGCAGAACUGGAAGAGUUGGAAAUGAUUUUAAAAACUGAGAGAGAGGCUCUGCAACAAGAGAGGAGAUCAAAUGCAGUAACCACUGGGGAAAAUCAGAAGCUGAGGGAGGAACUGGACAGGGUGAAUUUCUUGCACAACCAACUAAAGGCAGAGUACGAAGGGCUGCAUUCACACACUAAAGAGCUGAAAACUUCCUUGAACAACUCUCAGCUGGAGCUGAAUCGUUGGCAGGCUCGCUAUGAUGAGCUGAAAGAACAGCACCAGUCCAUGGAUAUCUCUCUGACCAAGCUGGAUAACCACUGUGAGCUGCUGUCCCGUCUAAAGGGAAAUUUGGAAGAAGAAAACCAUCAUCUUCUGAGUCAGAUUCAGAUGCUGAGCCAGCAGAAUCAGAUGUUACUGGAGCAGAACAUGGAGAACAAGGAACAGUACCAUGAAGAGCAGAAGCAGUACAUUGAUAAGUUGAAUGCCUUAAGAAGACACAAAGAAAAACUCGAAGAGAAGAUAAUGGAUCAGUACAAGUUUUAUGAUCCUACUCCAAAAAAGAAAAACCACUGGAUUGGAGCCAGAGCCUUAGUCAAACUAAUCAAACCAAAGAAGGAGACUACAAGGGAACGGUUGAAACCAGCAGCAGAAAGCCCUCCAUGGCAUUCUGAAUCCCCAGAGAUGGUAAACUCUCCAUCUGCCUCACAAAAAUUAAAACAUCAACAGGAGACUCAGGAUAAUAACUCUCAAGGGUCAAACUCUAUGGAAGAGAGAGAGAACCCUGGGGGUUCUUCAAACAAAGUGCUAAUGGACCUAAGGCAUAACAGAGAUUCCCAUCUCGGAGACAGCAAUGACAAUGUUGAAAUCUCAGCAGAGUCUGCAACAAAACAGUGCCGUGUGGAACUGGGUCCCAGGACUUACUCAACCUCAGCUAUUCAUCUGCACACUUCCACCCCCAUCUCCAGGCUCCAGAGCAGACCAAAAGGCUAUAAUUCAGAAGAUAAUCUAUGUGAACAGUCCCCUGAGGUGGAAUUUGCAAGUGCCAGACAGCACGUAUCCAGGCCAAACAGUUUAGAGAGCAGUAGAAAUGCUUCCAGCAGUAGUUCACCUCUCAAUUUGAAAGGUUCCUUAGAUCAUAUCCAUGGUAGAACCGAGAGCCUCAGCAGUGAAGAUAUGGUGCCAAGCAGAGAGACACCAGCCUUGCUCAGAGAGACCUGUUCCUUUCACUCUGCUUCUGCCAUCUUAAGCCCCAGCAGCAGGCAUGAGUCCUCCUCCCACAGGAAGGGUUUGAUCUCUUACGAUAUGCCUCAAAAAGGUACUCCAUCCCAGUCUUACAUAGGCAGGCAACGGUCUGCCUCACCUGGCAGUGAGAUGGUAACUUUGGAAGAGUUCUUGGAAGAGAGCAACAGGCUAUCCCCACCAAAUGACAGCUCCAGUAACAGAGAUGACUUGCUCAGCGAUUAUUUUAGGAAACCAAAUGAGCCUUCAGCUACUGGGAGCCUGCUGGUUCAGCCACCCAGAAAAGAGGCUACUAAGAUACCCACUAGUCUUGUUGCUCCAACUGUAAAGAUGACUGUCACCAAUGAUGAAGGAAGAACGGCCAAGCCUGGAAAUUACAUGAAGCCAAACCUCAGAAAAGUUGAACCGGAGCCUCUGACAAACUCCCAGGGGUCCCUUAAGCUUUCUCACACGCCACAGCACCAGCCCACCAGUGGAAUGCGGCAGAUGGCACAGCCGCAGCAGCCUGGAACCACGAGCAGAAGGAGUACAUCACUGAGCAGAGCAUUUAGCUUAGCUUCUGCAGACCUCCUCAGAGGUGCUGGGCCAGAGACGUACAGGCAGGAGAGCCCUCAGAAGUCAGCAGCAGAUCUGCGUGUGGGCAAGGACACUGUCAGUCAUACCACUAGAGCUUCUACACCAGUGAGCUCCCAGGCAACCUUAAGAGAGAGACCACAGUCUACAAAGGUGGCAGGCUCCUUGCAAGGUGUUGAUUCCCGCUGUCGGCAGCUUGAGGCGAGGCGCCUUUCCCUGGCCUCAUCAAAAGAUGAGAGGCCACUCUCCUUCCAUCAGUUUUCUGCCUCACCCACUGCAUCCACCAGCAAUCUGCAUGUGCAGCAACAGGAGCGUGUGAACCCUGGGCAGCACUACUCGCCAGCUUCACACACUUCCUCUAAAGUCAAACCCAAGCCAGCCCCUCGUACUGGGGAAGUGGCCACAGCAGCCCCUGUCAGAGCUGUUUCCAGCAGCACUGAGGGAAAUAUUUCUCAUGGGCAAGGCCAGGAUGAUGCCCUACUUACCAAAUGCCAGGAUAAGCUGCCAGAAAGCAGCACUGGUACUGUGGAGGAGACCAUGAGAGGAAGUAACUCCAAUAGCACUCCUGGGUCUCCGGAUCCCCAGGGGGAUCAGCAGACCAUUUGGUAUGAGUAUGGGUGUGUGUAACCCACAGAUGCAGCUAGUUGUGUGCUUGUUUGGCAUUGCUGACAUCUGGGUAGCAGUUUGUCUAGACGCUGUGCCAGGUCCUAAAAGGUAUCACUUGUGUGCUGAUCUGAGUGUCCUCUGAGUACUGUUUUCUGGAUGGACAAAGUAUGAUCAAGAGAAACAAAGAGCAAAACUUCAGCCCUUCUUUUGACACUACUGUGCCUAAAACAAAGUAGAAGCCUGAGUGAAUCCCACAGCCAGCUUGGCACCUGGUUCUCACAGGUGUUGAGCAUUCCCCACUCCAGAAGAAGCUCAGCAGGGUCCUCUGUCAUUGCUGCACUGGGCACCCUCCUACCUGCAUUAAAGAAGAGUUCCACAGGUCACACGUGUGCUGAAUCCAACCCCGCCAUUGGUGCAUAAAUUAAUAGUACUGAAAAGGUCGUAUAAAAGCCAAACUCCCCCAACGACAGAACUAGAGACUUGGCUUAAGUAGAUUAAAGAAAGCUGAAGAGCAAAAGCGUGUGGCUUUAACUACGGAUUUGUUAAAACCAGUUCUUGCCACAGCUGCAUUUUGAAGAGGUAACAUGUAGACUUCAAGGAUCACAUCUUAACCUUCCGCACUGGGACUGUGUAAACACAGAGGCCACUGUCAUUACCCCACUGCCUUCACUCUAGCGGCAGCUCAGAGGAUCCUUGACUCUGCAAGCCAAGUGGUGCUGCAUUUUGAAACUUAAGUUUUCUUUUUUAUAUAAACACUGGAACUAGUGCAGCCUUUCAGGGGAGAUGCCAUUGCAAUUGCAAAGGUGGCAUCUCAUGUACAAAAGUGUCUUGUAUGUAUAUAAGAAGCUCAAGUAUUGUAUAAGAAUGCUGUGUAAAUUGUAUUAUUACAUCCUUGUGCGCAUGGCAGCCCACAUCCUAGGCAAUGUGUGGGAUUUUGUCUCUUAGAAAUCCUUGUUUAUGUCUCGAAGGACUUUGCUCAGUAUAGAAAGCAAAAUAAUUUUGUAAACAUGUGAAAGAAAUAUACUUUUAAAAAUCUAUUUAUGUGCAAAGAAAUUCCUUAUAUGUUUCUCUCCAGAGUGUCAUCAGCUGCUUAUGUAUAUAUGAUCAAAUGUGUAUCUCUAAUUUCCUGUUUGUAAAGCUGUUUUUCUUGAAAUAGACUAAAUGGUUAAAAAAAUAAUACUUGUUUUGCUGGUUCUGAUUUAAUCUAGUAUAAGCUAAAACUGAUUCAGCUGAGGAUGUUUUUGUUGUCUAGUAUGUAGUGAUCCAAUUCU